GCCUUUUGUCGCGGAAUAAUCCACAUGGCUUAUAAGCGAUCAGGGACCCUCUUGGUCCAUUUGUGAUCUGUCAUAUUGAUUUCAUUAAACACACACCAUGUGCUCCUCACACCCGAAUGCCGAUCCACCUAUCGAUCCAGAGGCCGACGCGGAUCUCUAUAGUGAUGAGGAUUACUCCAGCGCAACCGGUAGUUCGACGACAUCGUUGUCGUCCAGUAUCUUAAAUUAUCAAUACGAGAAUGGACGGCGGUAUCAUGCAUAUCGACAAGGAGAAUAUGUCAUUCCAAAUGAUGAAAGAGAGCAAGAUCGAUUAGAUCUGGGUCACCAUAUUUGUAGUCUGGUGCUGGGAGGCGCAUUAUGUCAAUCCCCAAUAUCAGACAACCCAGGAAGAAUCCUAGAUUUAGGAACGGGGACGGGCUUGUGGGCGAUUGACAUGGCUGACCAGUACCCAGAGGCGCAGGUCAUCGGGACGGAUCUGAGCCCGAUUCAACCUUCAUGGGUGCCACCGAAUUGUGUCUUUGAGAUCGACGACUUCGAACUCCCGUGGAACUUCACCCAACCAUUUGAUUUCAUCCAUGCUCGGAGCGUUGAGGGAUCCGUCAAGGAUUUCCCGCAUCUCUUUCGCCAAGCGCAUCAGAACCUCGUUCCCGGUGGCUGGUUUGAAAUGAUGGAACCCACCGUCGACAUCUUUUCUGAUGACGAUAGUAUUUCGAAAGCGCCGAAUCUAUCUGAAUGGCGGGACAUGUUGAUCGAGGCGAGUGGAAAGUUUGGCAAGGAGAUGGGAGCGGCGAAAAAGUACAAGCAGUGGAUGAUUGAGGCUGGCUUCACAGAUGUGACAGAGGAAAUAUUCAAGGUGCCUUUUUCGCCAUGGGCCAAAGACCCCAAACUGAAGGAACUGGGGCGGUAUCAGCAAGCUAAUAUGCUGGAGGCUCUCGACGCGUACUCAUUGGCGCUGUUCACUCGAUUCCUGGGAUGGAGCGUUGAUCAGAUUCAGAUGCUUUUAGUAGGGGUUCGACGAGAAUUAUUAGAUCGGAAGCUACAUAUCUACUCGCGGUACUAUUUGGUUUACGGCCGGAAAGAAAUGGAAGGCUCGUAGUAACUGGGGUCAGGGAUGUUGGCAGAGUCAAAUAUGCUAAGGGUUAUCUGUGUAUGACUGCAAUUUAGAUCCUACUCACCUUUAUAUUGUACCACUCUUUUGGUUCCUUUCUUUCUUUUCAUUCAUUCAUUCAUUCUCUUCUUAUCUCGAGCAAGAAUAUAACAUUCUCCACCUUCCAUGGUUGACUCCAAUGCACUCUAAAGCAAAAUACGCG